ACACGCACCAGAUCACUGGCAGCAUCUCAAAGGGUAUGACUGGAAUAUAUGCUCAGAGAAUGAAUGCUAACGUCGUGGUACUCGGCACUGAUAAUGUUGGGAAAUCUGCACUCACUGUCCGAUUCCUGACUCGUAGAUUCAUCGGUGAAUAUGGAGAUAUUGAAUCCCUUUACAGUCACAAUGUUGUUGUGGAUGGACGAGAGCAAACUCUAAAUAUAUGGGAUGCGCCAUAUUCACAGUCACAGCAGGACCUGUUUUCUGAAUCUUUGAUGUGUGAAAAAAGAGUCCAGUGGGCAGAUGGUUUUGUGUUGGUCUACAGCAUCUGUGACCGAGCCAGUUUCAAUGCUAUCACCAGACUCAUCCAAACCAUUAAAACCUCCAAGGACUUUCUGAGCUUUGAGAAGAUGCCCAUAGUUAUUGUUGGAAACAAGAGGGAUCUGCACCAUCGCCGUACGGUCCUUAGUGAGGAGGGCAGGCUCCUUGCACUCUCCGCAGACUGUCUAUUCUAUGAGGUCUCAGCUGCUGAGAAUUACCACAGUGUCCUCAUGGUUUUCCAUGGUCUUGUGAACCACAUCAGGGAGUCCAGGGUGUCUGUGAAAAGGUUAGCAGGCAUCAAGGGCAUUGUGAAGAGUAUGUCUGCAGUGUUCGCCCGUAGGAGAACAGAUUCGCUGUGAAGCUAGUAGGAGCUCUGGAAAUAAAGAUUUAUGUGGUUUGAUAUGACCCAUUUUUGAUGCCAAAGAGGGAUAUGUUGUGCUUGGCCCAAUGCUGGGGCUUGCACAAUAGUCCCUGAUAUCUCCUAUGUCUACAGCUGGAGCGGAGUGGGGCACUAAUUGAAGAGAUUGACCUAGCCUGUCUGCCAAGG